CAGCAUGGGCUGCUGUGGUUUUAACCACAGCAGAGGAUCCUUCUCCCAGAAAACAGGCGACGAAGCUCAGAGAACAAGUUGCCAAGCAGCAGCAGGCCGUUCUCAGACAAUUCUCUGGUAAAGUAAAUGGUUCAGACAACAUGGCAUCUGAUGAAGCUGAACUCCAGCAGCAUCAGAAGUUGGAGAAGCUGUACAUAUCCACUCGAGCUGCCAAGCAUUUACAAAGAGACAUAGUUCGAGGCGUAGAGGGUCAUAUAGUAACUGGAUCCAAGCAGGUCGAAAUUGGUACCAAGCUGUCAGAAGAUAGUAAAAAAUAUAGUAGUGAGAACACAUGUACUAGUGGGGGUACUCUCUCUAAAGUGGCACUAAGUUUUAGUAGUGCUCGUGCUCAAAUGGAAAAAGAACAUGACUGUUAUCUUAGAACACUUGGAACACAGGUUACAGAGCCGUUAAGGGCGAUGGUAGUGGGAUCUGCACUAGAAGAUGCUCGACAUCUUGCACAGCGAUACGAUAGAGUGAGACAGGAGGUUGAAGCUCAGGCCAUUGAGGUUGCCAGGUGCCAUGCUAGGGUGAGGGAAACAAACAAUAGUUCGGAUAUUACGUUAAAGCUAGAAGCUGCUGAAAUGAAGCUUAAUGAGCUGAAGUCGAAUAUGGUUACCUUGGGUAAAGAAGCAACAUCUGCAAUGGCUGCUGUGGAACACCAACAGCAGAGGUUAACUCUCCAGCGGCUUAUAGCCAUGGUUGAAGCCGAGCGGAGUUAUCAUCAGCAUGUACUACAGAUACUCGAUCAGCUUGAACAGGAGAUGCUGUCUGCCCGUCAGCAAACCGAAGUUUUUCCAAAUCCAGCUCGAGAUACAAGAAGCAAUCCGGCCCCUGCAUAUAAUGAGGGUGAAAAUCUAUCUGCCUCUAAGCCAUAUGAUGGGUCAUUUGAUGGCACGGAGUACUUCUUAGGCGAGGUCAUCCAACCCUACCAAGCUGAGUCUGAUGUAGAGUUGACAUUAGCCCUCGGUGACUAUGUUGUCGUUCGAAAGGUGACCAACCAUGGUUGGGCAGAAGGUGAAUGCAAAGGUGAGGCCGGGUGGUUCCCAUUCGAGUUCGUUGAGAGACGGGACCGUGUCCUUGCAAGCAAAGUAGCUGAAGUAUUUUAAGAUUUGAAUCCAUUCCUUGGCUUUGCAUGGUUCUUUCAUUGACAUGAAGCCAUUUAACUAAGGAAAAAUUGAUGGAUAUUUAGCUGAUUUGUGUUAUUGUAGGGCAGGUGACACUAUAAUUUAAGAUGGAAAUGACUAAAGUUAGGAUUUGAGUUUGCCAACAUACAAUAUGUGUAGAGUUUGUAUGAUCUAAGAAAUUUAGGAGUAUGUUAGUAAAUGUUGCUUCGUAAUCAAAUUAGUGUGGACCCAUAUUGAGCUUUCUUUUAUUGUUGUUUGCUGAUUUGGACGUUUGGUG